CAUUACUCCUCUUCCUCAGACCAAAAUUCUCUCCAUAACUCUCUCCAUCAUGAGCAAUAACUAGUUAGUUCUCCAUUACUCCUCCUCCUCAGAUCAAAAUGGCUGAAAAGGACAUCAUCUGCAUUGUCUCUUCGCAGUAUAAAGCGGUAUUCUUGAAGAUUAAUUCUUCAACCACCAUCUUGGAUCUCAAGUUUGAUGCGGCAGAGAGGUUAGAUCUUCCAUACGAGUCAUUAAUUUUGGCAUACGAAGAUCAAACAGUUGGAAGCUUAAAAUUUCUCAUUGAGAACGAUGGUGAUCUGACGUCUAUGGUGGAGCAUUGCCACAAUCUUGGACUGAAAGAGGUUCACGUGCAAGCUUUUAAAGAAGGAGAUGAUUCUUCGAAUAAACAGGAAAACGAGCAAGUCCGACAAGACAUUUUGAAAUCAAAAAGUGUAGACUGUGGCCCGUCGGCGUUGUUGACCACAAGUGUUCCAGAUAAGAAUCCCAAUGACAAUCCUUCCGGAGAUGAUGUCAUGACGAUUGAUGACAUGAUUAGCAGAUCAGAGAGGAUUCCUGCUUGGUGGCACACAGCUUUAACCGGUGAGGGACAACGAUUUGAAAGUGCGAAGGAGUUAAGAUUGGCCUUGCUAUACUACUCCAUGGCAAAAAAAUUCGAAUACGAGUUUGGGAAGAAUGAACCGAAGCGUAUUCGAGUGUUUUGUCGGUUUAAGGCAGCAAAAAAUUGUCCGUGGAUGUUAUUUGCCUCUCCACCGAAAAAUGAUAAUAGACUUGAAAUCAAAAGGUUUGUGGACAAUCACAGUUGUGGGCAGCAUGGCAAUAAUGCUCGUCAAUCUAGAGCCUCAAGGCGAUUCAUUACUACCCAAUUACAACCCACGUUAAAGGGUCGAUUAUAG